GUUCGGGGAGUGUCUGAGCGGCUCGUUGGACUCAGAAACCAAUGUAGAAGAGCAUCUGCAGGAACAAUGAGCCGGCUGGAUUGGGAGGAAAGGAUUUCAUAAGAUGAGCCUAGACUGAAAAGAUGAAGAAAGUCGCAGAAAAGGGACCUCGAAGGAACAUCGAUUUCUAGCCAAUUUGAGGCGUGAAUGACCUCCAGCGGUACAGGGAAUUAGGAUUUUCUAAUACUUUGUUGCCUGCAAAGUCAACCACCUGACAGACUCGUUAGAGGUGUUGCAUUGGGGAGAAUAUGAAUACUUGUAGAAAGAUGAACAGAUUCAUUAUGAGGAUCAUUCUCAUGAUUAAGUCGCCUUUAUUGUCUUAUUAAUAAGCAUGGAUAGCUGUUUACUAGAAGGCCUCCAGACUGCUUAGUAGGUGUAAAACAUUUGCUGCCAAAUAAAAAAAAGUCCUUUGUUUUUUACUUUUUAAAUGUCUGCAUCAGCCUGAGGAACCAAGGAGAGAUUUACCAUCCCCUUUAAUAACAAGCUUCGCUGACUGUUUUUGUGAGACACUGAUGCCAUAAUCUCCUGGAGGUCAUGAGAUGACCAUCUGCUGCUGGAACCUGCUUUAGACCUGCAAGCUGAUUAACCAGAGACAGAACCGAAGGCAGGACUUUUCUGCAUCUGGACUGUGUGGCUGCCUGCUGAAGGAGGGAUGCUGAGGGCCACCGUGGGCUCCGCAGAGGAGAGGGAUGAGGAGGACGAAGGGGAGGAAGAGUUAAAGGAUGGAGGAGUGCCUUUCUACGUCAACAGAGGAGGCCUCCCGAUGGAUGAGGAGACUUGGGAGAGGAUGUGGCGCCAUGUGGCCAGAAUCCACCCAGGCGGUGAAGUUCUGGCCAAAGAGAUAAGGGGUGCCACUGAUCUGCCCAAGAUUCCAGUACCAAGUGUGCCUUCAUACCAACCUUCGACUACCAUCCCACAGCGCCUGGAAGCCAUACAGAAGUACAUCAGGGAACUACAGUACAAUCACACAGGAACACAGUUUUUUGAGAUUAAGAAAAGCCGUCCUCUCACUGCGUUGAUGGACAUCGCUAAAGAGAUGACAAAAGAGGCUCUGCCGAUUAAAUGCUUAGAGGCGGUGAUCCUGGCCAUCCAUCUCACCAACAACAUGCCCGGUGUGGAGCGAUUCCCGCUCAGCUUUAAAUCUCACUUCUCAGGGAACCACUUCUACCACAUUGUGCUUGGGGUUCACAGCGGGGGGCGGUUCGGCGCCCUGGGCAUGAGCCGCAGGGACGACCUCAUGUUCAAGUCUCUGGAGUUUCGAACACUCAUGGACUUGGUUCAGGAAUUUGAAGGAGCCUACAGGGGUUACUGGCACACCCUGCGCAAGAUUAAAAUUGGCCAGUACGUGUCCCAUGACCCUCAUAGUGUGGAGCAGAUAGAGUGGAAACACUCCAUACUGGACGUGGACAAGCUGAGCAAGGAGGAAUUGCGGAAGGAGCUGGAGAGACACACUCGAGACAUGAGACUGAAGAUUGGAAAGCCAGUGCCUCCAUCUCCUACUAAGGACAGGAGAAACAGCAUGGGUUCUCCUCUCAAAGGACCAGGAAGCCCCAUCCGGAGGAUCAGUCGAGUUGAGAGACGCCCCUCUGGAGAGAAGAAGGUUUUGGAGCAAAAACCAAGUGAUAUUAAUGGAUACCAGAUUAGAGUCUGAAGAAGGAUUCUGUUGUUACUACACAUCUGCAUGAUGGACCUACCGGUUUACUUCCUUUGAGUAGACAUUGGCCUGUUUUCUGAAUGCAUUCUGGAACAGGUCACCAGCAACUGUUCUUCCUGAAACAAGCACCUCAUUCAGCUCUCCUUAUGUUGUUACAGACCUUUUUUUCUGUAACAGUUCCAGUAAUUGGUGCUGGCAAAGCUCCCAGUUUAUGAAGAGAGGGACUAAAUGUGCAGAUUGCAUUUUUACAUGAAUAAAUAAGUGCAGUUUUGCUACUUUAACCCAAAACUAUAUUUGAAUAAGUACAGCUAAGUGUACACGCAUUAAUUUACAUAUCACAUCUCUAUGCUGUUAGGCUUUUCUACAAUCUGUAUCACUGUACUGUAAGUUUAAGACAGAUUGCAUAGUGUAACUUCACUUUGAUUUAACUAGACAACAGCUACAUGUGUAGUAACUUGUUUAUGCCUGCUACCUUUGUGCCUUGUUUAAAAAUUUUAAUAGAAAAAAAAGCUUUUAGUGACCCCAAAACCUGUUUUGUCUACAGAAAAAUCAAGAUUUUAUUCAGUUACCUACAUACAUAUAAUGUAUAUCUCCAAGUGUAAAAAGACGCUUUAAUGAACAAUCCAAAACCUUUGAGAAUAUAAAAUCUGUCAAUCUGUCUAUUAAAUUGAUUCCCCUUAUAGCUAACUAACAAACACAGCAUUCAAUACAUAUGUAGAUGUCAACUAUUUGAAAUCUGACUUACAGUACAGCUCUGGUCAGAAGUUUACAGAAGCUAAUCAUUGCUUUAUUUUCCGGUGUGAGCCCAGCCUUUGGGCAUAGUCCACAAAUUUAUAUGGUUCAGAUUUUUCUCACUGCAGAAUCUUGACGUUCCCCUGCUUUGUCUUUUCGCAAAAACAGUUUUGGUGACUUUUUGGGAUCAUUGCGAAAACCCAGCAUGUAAACUUCUGACUCAAACUGCAAAUAUGGUAUACCAGCUUUUUUUUAGUGUCUAAAUUUUAAUUGUAGCAUUUUUCUCUUGCCUUAAAUGGUGUCUACUAGGUGUAAAGACAUUUUUACAGCACUUUUAUCUGGGCUUUUGUAUUUUUUACUGGAAUUUACAACGUUUUAUGGUGCCCACAGUGUUUGUGAUCAGUAAACACUGCACAUUCUCCUGAAUGUUGCUACCAUCAACAGUUUGAUCUGCUCGCUGAGUGUUCUCCAUUUUCUCUUCAGUGUUCUGUAAUGCAGUUGUUUUGUGUCAAAAACAGUUUACAGUCUUACAAUAAAGAGUCACAUCAGUUUG